UUCUGGAAGUAGAAGAAUACCCUGGAGAAAAGGAGCAUUGUAAGCAUAAAGAAUAAGACUGUUCAGUCCUAGGAGAAAGAAUUAAAGUCUAACCCUCCAAAUGACUAUUCUAAUGUGAUGCUGGGGUUGAAGUUGCCUGGAACUCCGUUUUAAGGUUAAUUGAAAAGACUUGUGGAAGGUCUGCAAGAAAUAGGUAUUAAGUCAUGAUGCAGGAAUCUGCGACAGAGACAAUAAGCAACAGUUCAAUGAAUCAAAAUGGAAUGAGCACUCUAAGCAGCCAAUUAGAUGCUGGCAGCAGAGAUGGAAGAUCAAGUGGUGACACCAGCUCUGAAGUAAGCACAGUAGAACUGCUGCAUCUGCAACAACAGCAGGCUCUCCAAGCAGCUAGACAACUUCUCUUACAGCAGCAAACAAGUGGAUUGAAGUCUCCUAAGAGCAGUGAUAAACAGAGGCCACUGCAGGAAUUGCUUCCAGAAACAAAAUUAUGUGUCUGUGGCCACUCUUCUGGUGAUGGGCAUCCUCACAACACAUUUGCAGUGCCUGUGUCAGUGGCCAUGAUGACCCCGCAGGUGAUGACCCCUCAGCAAAUGCAGCAGAUCCUCCAGCAGCAAGUCCUGUCUCCUCAGCAGCUCCAAGCCCUGCUCCAGCAGCAGCAGGCGGUCAUGCUGCAGCAGCAACAACUACAAGAGUUUUACAAGAAACAGCAAGAGCAGUUACAUCUUCAGCUUUUGCAGCAGCAGCAGCAACAGCAGCAGCAGCAACAGCAGCAGCAGCAGCAGCAGCAACAGCAGCAGCAGCAGCAGCAGCAGCAACAGCAGCAGCAGCAGCAGCAGCAUCCUGGAAAGCAAGCAAAAGAGCAGCAGCAACAGCAGCAGCAGCAGCAGCAGUUGGCCGCCCAGCAGCUUGUCUUCCAGCAGCAGCUUCUCCAGAUGCAACAACUCCAGCAGCAGCAGCAUCUGCUCAGCCUUCAGCGUCAGGGACUCAUCUCCAUCCCACCUGGCCAGGCGGCCCUUCCUGUCCAGUCGCUGCCUCAAGCUGGAUUAAGUCCUGCUGAAAUUCAGCAGUUAUGGAAGGAAGUGACUGGAGUUCACAGUAUGGAAGACAAUGGCAUUAAACAUGGAGGGCUAGACCUCACUACUAACAAUUCCUCCUCAACUACCUCCUCCACCACUUCCAAAGCAUCACCACCAAUAACUCAUCAUUCCAUAGUGAAUGGACAGUCUUCAGUUCUAAAUGCAAGGCGAGACAGCUCGUCACAUGAGGAGACUGGGGCCUCUCACACUCUCUAUGGCCAUGGAGUUUGUAAAUGGCCAGGCUGUGAAAGCAUUUGUGAAGAUUUUGGACAGUUUUUAAAGCACCUUAAUAAUGAACAUGCUUUGGAUGACCGAAGCACUGCUCAGUGUCGAGUGCAAAUGCAGGUGGUGCAACAGUUAGAAAUACAGCUUUCUAAAGAACGCGAACGUCUGCAAGCAAUGAUGACCCACUUGCACAUGCGACCCUCAGAGCCCAAACCAUCUCCCAAACCUCUAAAUCUGGUGUCUAGUGUCACCAUGUCGAAGAACAUGUUGGAGACAUCCCCACAGAGCUUACCUCAAACCCCUACCACACCAACGGCCCCAGUCACCCCGAUUACCCAGGGACCCUCAGUAAUCACCCCAGCCAGUGUGCCCAAUGUGGGAGCCAUACGAAGGCGACAUUCAGACAAAUACAACAUUCCCAUGUCAUCAGAGAUUGCCCCAAACUACGAGUUUUAUAAAAAUGCAGAUGUCAGACCUCCGUUUACUUAUGCAACUCUCAUAAGGCAGGCUAUCAUGGAGUCAUCUGACAGGCAGUUAACACUUAAUGAAAUUUACAGCUGGUUUACCCGGACGUUUGCUUACUUCAGGCGUAAUGCAGCAACUUGGAAGAAUGCAGUCCGCCAUAAUCUUAGCCUGCACAAGUGUUUUGUUCGAGUAGAAAAUGUUAAAGGAGCAGUGUGGACCGUGGAUGAAGUAGAAUACCAGAAGCGAAGGUCACAAAAGAUAACAGGAAGCCCAACCUUAGUAAAAAAUAUACCUACCAGUUUAGGCUAUGGAGCAGCUCUUAAUGCCAGUUUGCAGGCUGCCUUGGCAGAGAGCAGUUUGCCUUUGCUAAGUAAUCCUGGUCUGAUCAAUAAUGCAUCCAGUGGCCUCCUGCAGGCUGUCCACGAAGACCUCAAUGGUUCUCUGGAUCACAUUGACAGCAACGGGAACAGCAGUCCAGGCUGCUCGCCUCAACCUCACAUACAUUCAAUCCAUGUCAAGGAAGAGCCGGUGAUUGCAGAGGAUGAAGACUGCCCAAUGUCCUUAGUGACAACAGCUAAUCACAGUCCAGAAUUGGAAGAUGACAGAGAGAUUGAAGAAGAGCCUUUAUCUGAAGAUCUGGAAUGAGAACUGACUUGGGAAGCCUCAGCGUGA